AUGGCGGCGGUGCUGGCGCGGGGGCUGGCGCGCGGCUGGGCGGCGCGGGGCGCGCUGCGCGCGGGGCAGCGUUGCGUGGCGGCGCCCGGCGGGCCGGACGGGGAGGUGGGCGAGGCGCGACGAGCCGCGGCGGCCGGCGAGGAGUCGGGCGGGCAGCCCACCAUCUUCAGCAAGAUCAUCGCCCGCAGCGUGCCCGCCACCAUCCUCUACGAAGACGACAAGCCUGCCUCCCCACAACUCCCCCGGCAGUGCCUGGUCUUCCGCGAUGUGGCCCCCCAAGCCCCCGUGCACUUCUUGGUGAUCCCCAAGCGCCCCAUUCCCCGGAUCAGCCGUGUGGGUCCCCAAGACACCGAGCUCCUGGGGCACUUGCUGGUGGUGGCAGCACGCACGGCGCAGGCAGAGGGGCUGGCUGACGGCUACCGCCUCGUGAUCAACGACGGGAAACAUGGCGCCCAGUCCGUCUACCAUCUGCACCUCCACGUGCUGGGGGGGCGGCAGCUGGGUUGGCCCCCCGGCUGACCCACCCCCCCCCUUGACUCACCGCCCCCCAAUAAAGCAUCUCCUUAGCAGUG